UCCUUUGGCGGCAGCUGCACGUUCGGCAUCGCGGCUGGAGAGGAGGCUGGGUGCCCGCGCGCUCCGUUUCGCGGGAUGGGCACCGGGACGAGCCGCGGCUAAGAGUCGGGCUGCGGGCGACGGGUCAGUUCAUUGGCCUAGACUUGGGGCUGAGCAGCCUGGGCAGAGCUGUCGGGCAGGGCUGGCAAUGGAAAAGGAAGCCGGUCUGGGUAGGACGCCCUUCAGCCCCAGCCUAGCUUUGGGGCAAGCGGCGGCGGCUCCCGUACGGGGCAAGAUGGCAGCUAGGGCCCGCCCCCCUCGAGCGAGGCGGCGUGCGCAUGCGCAGGGCGCCCCGCGGCGAGGAGCUGGGACCCUGAGUUAGGCGGUCGCUUCUGUUACCUGCACCCAGGCCCCGGGUAGGGCGCUUGCACCGUAGCCGUUCCUUAUUGUUAGGCACACGCCAGGACUACUCUUCUGGAGAAGAGUCGAGACGGAAGAGGCGGGAUCAAGCUCUAAGCCGGAAGGGGUGAACCCGGCAGUGAAAGUGAUCCGGUGCCUGUCGGGCUGAAACGUAGUGGAACACAGAAGGUUCUGACCUCCGAAACUUGGAAAACACGAAGAAGUAGAAAAAAAAAAAAGGAAGCAAAAGGAAUCCAUAAUCCCACAACUCGAGAUCAUCUUACUAACAUUUUGGAUCUCAGCUAAAAGGGAAGCACCUUCGAAGAGUGAUUGCACAGUUGGGAAUGAGAAGCACUGAAGUCUGAACAGGCAAGCUGCAUUCACCUCAGCCCUGCCUGUGUCUGGCAGAAUGAAUGCUGAAAUGAAUCGUCACCUGUUUGUUUGGCCUUUUAGACAUCCGUGUCUUAAUGGUCACCACCAGUGCAAUGUCCAUCUCCAUUCUCAUCAACUUACACAGAUACCUCUUGACACAAGGCCGUGGGUUUUUAGACGGAACAGGAAUCCCAUUCUCCAUUGUCUGUUAAAUGAGAAUUGGUCCAGGAGAUAUUGUCAUCAAGACACCAGGAUGCUCUGGAAGCAUAAAGCACUACAGAAAUAUAUGGAGGACCUGAGUAAGGAGUACCAAACACUUGAUCAUUGUUUGCAGCAUAUCUCUGUGAGUGAAGGGGACCGGAGGUCCUUGAAUCAACGACAUGCUGAGCUGGCCCCGCUUGCAGUCAUUUACAAAGAAAUUCGGGAGGCUGAACAAGCCAUUGAAGAAUUAGAAUCAAUGUAUAAAAGUCUAAAUAAACAAGAUGAAAAGCAGUUACAAGAACUUGCUUUGGAAGAGAGGCAAACCAUUCUUCAGAAAAUCAACAUGUUAUACAGUGAGCUUCUCCAGAGUCUAGUGCCAAAGGAGAAAUAUGACAAAAAUGAUGUUAUUUUAGAGGUGACAUCUGGAAGAACUACUGGAGGUGAUAUCUGCCAACAAUUUACCCGGGAAAUAUUUGAUAUGUAUCAGAAUUAUUCAAGCUACAAACACUGGAAAUUUGAACUUCUGAAUUAUACACCAGCUGAUUAUGGUGGGCUACAUCAUGCAGCCGCCCGAAUUUCUGGUGACAAUGUCUAUAAGCAUUUGAAGUAUGAAGGAGGGAUUCACCGAGUUCAGCGAAUUCCUGAGGUGGGCCUGUCGUCAAGGAUGCAGCGUAUUCACACGGGAACGAUGUCGGUUAUUGUCCUCCCUCAACCAGAUGAGGUAGAUGUGAAAGUGGACCCCAAGGAUUUACGAAUAGACACAUUUCGAGCCAAAGGAGCAGGAGGGCAGCAUGUUAAUACAACUGAUAGUGCUGUCAGACUUGUCCAUGUCCCCACAGGACUUGUAGUAGAAUGCCAACAAGAACGAUCACAGAUAAAAAAUAAAGAAAUAGCUUUGCGUGUGUUGAGAGCUAGACUCUACCAGCAGAUUAUUGAGAAAGACAAGUGUCAACAACAGAGUGUGAGAAAACUGCAGGUGGGAACAAGAGCCCAGUCAGAGAGAAUUCGGACAUAUAAUUUCACCCAGGAUAGAGUCACUGACCACAGGAUAGCAUAUGAAGUUCGUAAUAUUAAGGAAUUUUUAUGUGGGGAGAAGUGCCUGGAUCAGCUAAUUCAGAGAUUGCUUCAAUCAGCGGAUGAAGAAACCAUUAAUGAAUUUUUGGAUGAAAACCUUAAAUCAACAAAAUAAAUACUGAUUUAUAAUUUAUUAUUAUAUAAAUGAAAUGGACCUAUGUCAAGAAGCAGGCCGAGGUAGGGAAAUCUUUAUGAAAGUUGAUAAAGAGCAGCUAAAAAUACAUGGUACUCACAAAAAUAUUUUUUAAUGAACCCAGUCACAUUUCUUGACCUAAGUUUAUUUUAGGUUUCCUGUAAAGUACAAUCCAGCUCUUCAAGUAGAAACAAAGCAUGCAUUGUUGAAAAGAGAAAUAAAGUAUUGAGAAUUGACUAUGUGAUGUAGGACAGAUCACUUGUUCUCUUUAUGUGCCUUUUUUUAAAC